GUAGUCUGAAUAUAGAAAUUAAAAUUAUUCAAGAAAAUAUGAAUAGCUCAGUAAGUAUACACAAGUAAUAACUAUAUUUCAACACAUUUAGAAUUUUUAGAAAUAAAGUAAUAGUCUUUAAGGAAAGUUUUAUCAUGAAGACUAGUUGAUUAGGAAUUUAUGUUAACUUUCUACCUCACCAAACAUAAAUAGGCCAUUGAUGAAAAAUAUAGCUUCGAAAUCUAAACUACGAACAAUCCGUACACAACCAGGAGCUAACAAGGCAGAAUUCCACAGUUCUUGAAUUCCCAGUGAAAAAGGAUGAAUUACGAAAAUUCAAGCUCUUCAAGUCAAAUAGUCUCUCUCAGUUCUAUAAACUCUCAAAUGAUGAUCAAAGUAAGAAAUGAAAAUAAGAACAAGAAGUUGUUUAAGCUUCUUGGGAAUAGUUCCAUUGGCUCAAAGACCAAAGUGAGAGCUCCUAGUGAGUCUUGACUUGACAUUGAUGCAUUUUCAUACUCUCUGAAAAACCUCAUUGACAAUCAUAAUAAUUCAGCCCAUGAACAAUUUGAUGAGAGAUCAAGACUAAAUCAGGCGGCACGGAAAGCAGAUCUUGAUAGCCGAAUGUCUUUCAAAAAUUACCAAGAUUACAUAGAAGAAGAGAAAAUGAGGGUCAAUAAUUCGAUUUAUUUCAAAUAAGCGCCCUAGGAGUCUCUUUAAAGGGAGAAUUCCGAAACCUUCCUCUAAGAGGUACUUCUCUCUAAGGCAAAGCAAAUAAGAUCGAUGACAAAAAGAUCAUUAUAGUCAUGUCUAAGAGUAAACAGACCCGGGAGCUCCAGACCCAGACUAAAGAAGAACUAUAUAAUUUCAAAUCAAAUAAUGAAGGCGCAUAUCAUUCUAAAAUAUACCUCUGAAGAGGAAAUAAGCUCAAAACUAGUCAAAGCUACUCUUCCUUCUGGGUCAACCCAGUACAAAGUACUGGAGAGCUCAAGAUAGAGAGAUGAGUCAAAGUCAAGCCUCCUUCUAAGCAAAGUUUGGAGUAUACUGCUAAGAAGAGGAAGAAUUAUAUAAGCCAAUCUAACAUGCAGUUUAUAUCACCAGCUGUUCUUCACCAAAAAGAGCCUUCGAAAGGGAGAAAGCCUUUAUCUUCUAGUCUGUUUAAUUACUUGAAAGCGAUGAAGAAUCGGAGGAAUAUACGGUUUGUGAAGGUAAAUCCUAAAAUUAGCACCAAAUUGAAGAAGAAUGCCUGAACCCAGAACCACCCAUAUAAAGGACCACUCAAGUUAGAGUCAGACGUCAAGGAGAAUUGGCAGAGACUCAAGAAUUUCAAACUUGAAAUAGAUACAAGGGCUAAAAAACUCUCUCAAUCUCAGAAAGAGAACAGAAAUAUUCCUGAGAAAUCUAUUGACAAUACAAACUUGCUGAUAGAUACAAUUGACGACGGACAGCAAUCUGGAGAGUGGGACCAAGUUUUUGGCACAAAUGCUAACUCCGAGACCUUCGUCACAAAUUUGAGAUAGAAAAUUAUAAAUAGCACAAUUCUUAAGAAUUCAACAUCA